AUGGAGUUUAGGUCCGAGUGCGACGACGUGUCGAGCGGUUCGGAGACUUCCAGAUCCGUGACGUCGGUCCGCGUCGAUGAGGUCGCCACGAACUCGACCUCCGACCUCGACCCGCCCCCUGAAGACGACGGUCGAUCUACAAUCGAACGGGACGAUCUUCUCCAGCGGAUGGUAUUUCAUAAAUCCCAAGGCCGAGCCAGGUCCCGCCGGAAAGCCUGGUCCCAGUCGCUAGUGGAGCGAGAAGUCGACUUCUGGCGGCAUUUCUGUGGCCGAAUCCGCCAGGACUACGUGGAGUGCCUCCAGGCCUGCGAGGCUCAGACCAUGAAGACAUACCUCGAAUGGCGCGUGAAAAACUGGCGUGUAAAGAAGGAGAGCACGAUCAAGAGCUAUUGGAAGCGGCUGAGUUGUGCGUACAUCGACUACGCAGGCCGCCGAAUGGACAAUGGCACGGAGCUCGAUAUCCGAGAUUGGAUUCCUACGUAUUUGGCCCCGACGUACCACUUAGAAACGUCCGAGAAGGAUAAGUUCGCCAUGUUCGUGCGGGAUUUCUACGUAAUCCUGUACGCUCACUGGGUGGAAGACCCGAAACCCCUCCCGGGCGUUCUGCGAUUGGAGAUAUCGGUGCUGUAUCUCCUCAGUGCCGCGACGGCGACCCGCCCGGGGGCGUUGGUGGAGAGCAGCAGCGCGAAAGGCACCAACAAAUCACUAUGGUAUGAGCAUAUUGAAAUAUUGAAGGUCCGACACCCAGAGAACCCGAGCCGGGAGGUGUGGGCGGUCAAGGUGAACCUUGUGCACAUCAAGGAUUCAGGCGGGAAAGGCCGGCGGAAAAAAUUCAUCUUCUACGAGGAGUCCACCUUGGCAUAUUGUCUCGUCUACCAGAUCAUGGCCUUGGCAUUUGCUCACCGGGCUUUCAGGCGAACCUUCACUUCGGUGCAACAGUUGCUGAGCUUGACGGUGCCUACUGGCCGCGACGUCCUGCAAUUGAAGUUUAAGCAGGAGAGGCUGCCACACCCCUUUUUUAGGGAUGUGAGGCGCACCGCCACCGGGUUCCACGUGUCCGACAGCAAAGCCCUGCCUUAUCACAAGUAUCGCGAUCACCACGUACAUCUCGGCCGCUUAUCCGGUUUUGAAAAUACCGUGGAGCUCUAUCAAUUACGACGGGGCUCUGGUCGCAAUAUCAACAGCGCUCUGACUCCCGAGGAACGGAAUCAGACCAUGGGCCAUCAUGGAGAUACAUACGAACAAUUCUACAUGCCCGACCUUAUCGAACGCGACUUUCAAUCCAUCUACUUUGGCACGUCGCCCCAGGACGAACUUAUCCGCGCCGUGGCACGUAUGGGCUUGACUCGGGACAAGAGGGCACCAACCGAGCUCACCGCACAGCAAAAGCAGGAAAUACGCAACGACCCGCGGCUCGUUAUGCUUCGUGCACACCGCGACCGAAGACGGGCAAGACUUACCCGUCAUGGGUAUUAUCCUCUUUCAACGGCCACCGAUCAUCCGGAUUUCAUCCGGUACAAGGAGCUGGGGCGUGAGAUCAAUAGCAUGACGACGACGUUGAGGAACAAGCGCCUGGCAGAGACGAUCCGGGACUUCCAUGACACCAUCGAUGGCCUCGAGAUCGAUCGACAGUUGGACGAGGCUACCGUGGCUGAACCGUAUAUGACACCAACCCUGGAUUUUGAGUCACCCGAUCGAGCUCUCGUGGCGAAAUUUAUCUCUCUACCACUCAGCGAUACGACGACCGGUAAAGCCUUAGGCGGAGAGGUCGCCUUCAUCGAAGCACUGGUCAAUCUCUGCUUUCAACAGGAGGGUCGGCGGUACCGUGCAGACCCCUACCACGACGAGGGUUUUCCUCAGGGUGAGCCACCGUCUUUUCCCCCGGUCACUACGAAAGCAUGGCAACCAACCGGGAGCGGCCAGGCCGCCAACGAUGGGUGGGCGUUGCAAAGGCCGAAUCUCUCUCAGACGCGUGGUGAUAGGCUCACUUCCACGACAUCCACGGCCAAUGGAGAGGCGCCGUGGACGUUUCAGAGCGCAGUUUGUCUCAUCUGUAUUGGCGAGAAGGGAUGGUCAGAAACAUCGCGCACGAAGGCGUUCGCCCGAAAGUCGACGUUGAAGCGCCACCUCGAUAUACACAUUGGGGCAGGUCAAUUCAAUAGACCGUUCUGCUGUCGAGUUCCAGGCUGCAAGACUCUGCUGAAGUGCUUGAAACACUACAUGAACCACAGCGCCACGAUGCAUAAGGUGUAUCAUUAA